AUGGGGGUGGGUGGUAAAGAAGCUUUUGCUUUUAAAUUGGAUAUGAGCAAAGCAUACGAUAGCGUUGAAUGGAAUUUUCUUGAACAUGUUAUGAUUCACAUGGGUUUUAGUGAUAAUUGGGUGUGUCGGGUUAUGUCUUGCAUUACAAGUGUUUCUUUCUCUUUUAAGAUUAAUUGGAAAAUUUGUGGGAAUGUUAUUCCUUCAAGGGGCCUCAGACAAGGUGAUCCGAUUUCUCCAUACUUAUUCAUUAUUUGUGCUGAUGCUUUUUCUAGACUGAUCACUUGUGGGAUUGAGAGGCGCACUAUCCAGGAUGAUAGUAUACUUUUUGCUAAAGCUUCGGUGAAGGAAUGCUCAGAGGUGGCUAGAAUCAUUAACUUAUAUGAGAGAGCGUCCGGUCAAAAAGUGAAUUAUGAUAAGUCCGAAAUUUCUUUUAGCAAAGGUGUUAAUCAUCAUCUAAGACAGGAGAUUGUGGAGAUUCUUGGGGUUAAGGAGGUGGAUCAUCAUGAGAAAUAUUUGGGUCUUCUAACAAUUGUGGGGCGUUCAAAGAAGGCAAUUUUCUCAUGCUUGAAAGAUAGGUUAUGGAAAAAAGUUCGACGAUGGAAAGAGAGACUCAUUUCACGUGCAGGCAAAGAAGUUCUUAUUAAAUUGGUCAUGCAAGCUAUUCCAAUUUACAUGAUAAGCAUUUUCCGUAUUCCGGAUGACCUUAUUGAUGAGAUGCAUACUAUGUUUGCUAAGUUUUGGUGGGGUUCUAAUGAUGCGAGGAGGAAAAUUCAUUGGCACAGCUGGCAUAAUAUGAGUUUACCAAAGUCUAAAGGUGCUAGAUACUUUAAGCACUCGUCUAUUUUGGAUGCUUAUAAGGGUUAUGCUCUGAGCUAUAUUUGGAGGAGCAUUUGGGGCGCUAGAUCUCUUUUAGUCGAGGGUCUUGGUUGGAGAAUUGGUAAUGGUACUACAGUGGAUGCUAUUCAUGACAAAUGGGUUCCUUUUGAGAUGUCGGUUGGUUGUCCAAACCUCACUGUUGUGCUGGAUUCUACGAUUCGGGAGGCAGAUUUAAUUGACUUCAAUCGAGGAAAGUGGGAUAUUAAUGUAUUAUCUCAACUUUUUGAUGGUGAUACGAUUUCUGCCAUUUUGUCCAUCCCAUUAUCUUCAAAUUGGUCUCAUGAUAGUCUUUAUUGGUGGUUGACCAAAAAUGGUGUCUACACUGUCAAGAGUGGCUACUGGCUUGGUUUACUUGGUGUGCCGUGUCAUAAUAGUGAUCCUAAUGAUAAGUUUUUGCGCAAGUUUUGGGUUAUGUUGUGGAACAUUCCAGCUCCUCCUAAGCUUCAUGUCUCUGCUCCGAAAACUAUUAUUCAUGCUUUGGUUAGCUGUCAUAAUAAUGCUCCCAUUUGGUCUUACUCUUUUGUUUCUGCGGUGAUAAAAGACGCUUCGAGGUCUUCUAUGUUUGGGCUUCUCUUAUGGAUUCAUGAUCACUCUUCAGAUAACUCUUUCCUUUCGUUUUGCACUAAUAUGUGA